AUGCAUUUCUCCAAGACCUACACCCAGCUUCUCCUGAGCCUCCCCCCGGAGCUCCGGGACAACGCGAUACAGUACCGCCAAUUGAAGAAGGUCAUCAACCAGAUCGUCAAUGAGCUUGAGUCGCUAGGCCUCAAGCCAGAGGUGUUGCACGAUCUUAUCGAGUCGACGGACGUCAGCGCCUUGUCGGACAAUACUCCUGGCCUAUCGUCUCCCCCGUCCUCCCAUACCAGAGGAGCAGGCCCGUCGAAAUCGACCACAGAUGCCUCUGAAGCCGAUACCUGGAGAUCCGACUCCCUUUCGACCUCAACUCAUCCGCCAACAAUAGGCACCUACUCCCAAAACCUAUCAGGCUUCCCCAAGGUCAUCUACGAGCUCAACGGAACCGAGAACAAGAUCGAACCGCAGCUUCGAAUAUGGGUCACCGUGCCUGCUCCUGGUGCUGCCCAAGUCCCCAAGGUGAAGGUCACCCAGGAUGAGCAGAACGUGGAAAGUCCCGGGACAAUAUCGCCGUCCGAUGUCGGUGUCGGUGCGGAGGAGCAGGAGGAAGAGGAUGGGAUAGAAGUUUCCUCGGGGUAUGCGACGUUAUUGUGGUCGUUGCAACACCGAAAGAAUGUGGUGCGGACGCCGACACCGACAUCGACGCCCGAGGAGGGUGAGGUUGAGGAGGAGCUGCUUUCGCCUGGGGUGUUAUAUGCUUCAAAUAAACGUUCCACCUCCCCAACGCCCUCAUCCACAACCACCUUCUCCUCCCUCUCCUCAUCCUCCUCAUAUUCCCAGGCACCAUUUCCUCCUGAUACCCAAACCACAACCCAGGAAGUCGUCAUCCCACUAGUCCGCGACACCGAAUUCUACAGCAUUCUUUCCUCUGCGCUCGAGUCCGUUUCCUCUCAUCUAACAACUGUUCAUGGGGACUUCACCCAGUCGCUGAAGGGGCUCUCGCGCACGAUCGCGGACACCUCGCGACCUGCGAGCGUGGCCGCUGGGUUCCACCCGCAUUCGAGCGUGUCGACGCAUGCAGGAGCGAUUAGAGUGAAGACGGGGGACCUGAAGCAUAGCGACCUCUAUUCUUGGCGCGAGAUUUUUCAACUCUAUGUUGAAGCCGAGGUAUUUGAGAGCGUUGGCGAAUCCACACGCGGCCAACACACCGUCGAGGAGAGCGAGAAACGCCUACAGCUCUUCGCGGAGCGCGUCACUCAGCGCGGGCUCGGGGACACACGUAAGUUCAUGAUGAGGCAGAGCGUUGCGGCCCUCGAGACGUUUCUCAACCUGAACCUGUUUAUUUUGAAUAUCAAGAAGUUCUCGCAUGCAAACUCGGAAGCAACGCGCAAGAUCCUCAAGAAACACGCCAAGCGUACCGCACUUCCUCUCCCCGGCCUUCCCUCCUCCGCCACCUCUGCCUUCUCAUCAAUAUCGCACGGCGAUCCCAUGCAUUCCUCCCAACCCCUCCUAGCUCUCGUCGCACAUUCCUCCUCAGCCUCCCUCCCCCGGCUACUCGUUCAAGCCAUUGGCGAGACCCUCCUCCCCGUCAUUCCCUCCGUGGACGACUAUUCCUGCCUCAUUUGCACAAGUAUCGCGUUUAAACCCAUACGCUUAAGCUGUGGACACCUCUUCUGCGUGCGCUGUCUCGUCAAGAUGCAGAAGAGAGGCAAGGGGAACUGUCCUAUGUGCAGAGCGCCGUCGGUGCUGGUGGCCAACCGGACGAAUGUGGAUUGGGCGUUAAUGAACUUUAUGCAGGAUUGGUUCCCGAUGGAGGCUAAGGAAAAGCUGAAGAGCAAUGAGAAGGAAGCGGCGAUGGAGGAGAUGGAGGAGAUGGGGAUUGACCCUAAUCAAAGUUGUAAGGUUAUGUGA